AUGUCUCAGAAGCGGCUGGAAGAAGCCUUGGAAUUCCUAGGAGCCCUCGAAAAGAGCGGCAUUGGGAAGAAUGAGGAUAAUCUUCGAAAGAUGGUGGAUGGUGUAAUCAGAGAUUUGCUGUCCGCUCCGGACAUGUGCUUUGCGCAAGCCAGCAAACUGCUGGCGCAGAUCACGCAGAGCGGCUUGCGCCAAAACCUGAAGGAACUUCUGGUGGAGGCGCUGCAAAGCAAAGUUUCGGCCGACGCUGCCGGCGAGGCUGCUGAGGAAGUUGCUGCCAAGGCCGAGAAGAACACGAAGAAGCUCCAGAAGUGCAGGCAUCUGGAGAAUUACCUGCUUGAGACGGAGUGGGAGCAGCUUCGUAACCCGAAGCGGUCUUGGGAUGACAAGCUUCGGCUCCUUGCCCGCCGAUACGUGAGCAUCGGCCUGACGUGUCCUUCGGAAAGAACGAGCAAGUAUGCUCUUGUGGUGCUGUUUGUCGCAAACUACAAUGGUGAUGGGGGUAUCAACACCCUCAGCAUCAAUGCGCAGCAGGCCUACAGCUGCUUGCAAGACUUCAAGACGAUGGUGAAAGCUUUUGCAAAGCAAGGCGAGUACUCCAAGCUCCUGCUCUACCCCGCCAGCCCAGCUGACUUGCCACGGGAGCUUUACUUGAAGGCCUACGGGACCGAAACCCCGUCUGCCAGUCCGCUGGCAGACUCAGACCUGGUCCUUGUGGACUCCGCCCUGCCAGCCCGGAAGACGCACAGCAGCGUGGAUCGGGCCAAGACCCCUUUGCGACUCACAGGCCGGGACACGCACCUGCAGGAGGCUAUGUCCCAGCUGUUUCUGCAGUUGUUUGAAGGCAGAUGCAAUGGAGGCUUCUCUGCAGGCUGCAGCGGAGCAGCACUCAAGAUGCUGCAAGGCGCCCGGAAGAGGCCGUUGGCGCUCAUGAACGGUGGUGAAGACAGCCAGGGCGGCAGCGAGACUGCAAGCCCCGACCAGAAGCGCAGCAAGCAAGCUGUGCAGCAGGCGGAGGAGGAGGAAAGCAAGGAGGAAGCCGCCGAGCCGCUUGCUCUGGAGCCGCCCGAAGCGGAAGAAGCCGUGGAUGACAUAACUUUGAAAAUCGCUGAGCAGCUGCAGCAAGGAAAGGACGAGAAGGCCGCAGCCAGGGCGGAAAAGCCUCAGGCGAAAGCCAAAGCAAAAGCCAAGGCAAAAGCCAAGGCAAAAGCCAAGGCAAAAGCCAAAGCAGAAGCCAAAGCCAAAGCUGUUGGAAAAGUAUUGGACUUUCCAGGCACGGAGGCAAGAGAUGCCAUCAGUGUGGGCAACUUUAGGAUCUACACGGCGGUGAAUUCCCAAGCCUACCGAGUGAGGCCGCGGGGAGAAAAGAAAGACAAGGCUUUCAGCUGGAAAGCGACAACUGCCGAGGAGGCUUGGAACCGCGUUGUGUCCUACUUGAAGGAGCAGAAAGUCCUCGCGCAGGCCAUUUUGGCCAGAGGGAACCUCCUCGCAGCCUCCGAGCAGUUUCAGUUGUGGGGCCUACGCAAAGGGAACCAUCGUACCCCCAACGGGGUCAUUGCCGUGACUUCUUUUCAAGGAGGUGGCAUCUGGAUUGCCGAUGGAUGCGGGCCUCACAAACGGACAAUCAAGGGUGACAUCGUGAAAGGCUCAAUCCUUAGCCUCGAGACCCCGAUCACUUUUGAUGCCUUCAAAUACCCUCACGAGACGGAAAGCUGGGUUGGCGAUAGAUUGGUUUGCGUGGCCUUCACUGAGCAGCCGCCUGUGAAAUCAGACUCCUGGGUUUACGAGCUCUUCGCUGGCACUGCCCGCUUCAGCAAGGCCUACCGUCACUGUGCAGCGUCUCAGCAGAGCCUUGCCGUGCGCAAGGACAAUGUACUGUAUCGCUUCGUUUACAAGCUUUUGCUACAUUGUUCUGCUUCAGGCAUCAAUGUCAGUGUCGAGAAUCCCCGGACUUCGCUUUUCUGGAAGGUUCUUCAGUGCUUUGCCGAGGCCGAGGGCUUGCUCUGGCCUCCGGCCGCCUUGGAGUACGUUGAUUUCGACCAGUGUUGUCAUGGUUCCGAUCGCCCGAAGUCCACUCGUUUCUUGUGCACUCGAGGCUUGUUCCACUCGCUUCGAGCUACUUGUCCAGGCAAUCACGAGCAUCGCCCGUGGGGCCUUGUGUUCCAUGAGCGUUCUAUGCAGUUGUCGUCUUCUUCCGUGUCGGCAUACCCCGUUCUGCUUUGCAAACGCAUGGCCUCCUGUCUGGAGAGCGCGGCUUUGUUCCUGGGUCUGUCUUUGCAGGCCUCUCCUGACCUGGCAGCCAACUCUGUUGCUGUUCUUGGUCGGCAGCACCGCCGAUUUCCCCCCUUGAUUCCUGAGUUUCGCAAGGUCACUUGGGAGCCGCCCUCUUUCCAGCCUGACGACUCUUGUCGCAUCCUUCUCUCUCAGAUUGCUGGGGAGGAUAGCGGGAGAGAGAAUGCAGCCGAGGACGCCGACAAGGAGGUGAACCCUCCUACAAAGCUCCCCAGAGUCGCAGAUAAGGUAGGGUGGUACUUGUCGAUGCAGGAUCACGUGGCAAAGGCCUUGACCUUAAAGCAUCCCGUCGACACUGCCGUAGCCCUUGAUCAGGAUCAGCUUGAUGCCAUCAGCUUCUGCAUGAAAAACACAGAGAAGGAGGUGGUAGAUCAUCGUAAGCUUCAACUCUUGAAGAUAAAGAUCCUCGCCAAAAAGUUUGAGGCCGACGAGGCUCGAUUGCAUUCUUCUUUCGACCCUUGGUUCGAGAAAGUUGUGGCGGGAAAGCGUCUUCUUCUGUGGAAACACCUUCUUGAGCAGAACAAUUUCGAUGACAUGCAAGUUUGCGAUUUCAUGAUGUCGGGCGUCCCGAUUGUCGGGCAGUCAGCCUGCCCUCAGCCUUUCAGCCGAAAGAUUGUGCCGGCUACCAUGACGGAGCAGGAUCUCAAGGGUACCGCUUCGUUUCGCCGGAAGGUCAUGACUGGAUCCAGUGGCAUGCAAGCAGCCGAUCUACAAGACUUGCUGUCGAAGGCUACGUUGGACGAAGUCGAUCUGGGCUUCCUGGAAGGCCCAUACACCGAGAGCCAAGUGUCUGCUUUCUUCCACUCUGACGAUUGGAACUGCAUACGAAGAUUCCUGAUCCUUCAAGGAGCCGAGAACAAACCUAGACCCAUAGAUGACGGGCAUGAGGCUUUGAUCAACAAUUGCUUCACAGCCACCAUAAGAUUGGAGCUCCAGAACUCUGACUUUGUGGCGGCUCUAGCGGCAAGGAUUGCCAUCGAAGAGGCUGAGAGAUCUCGCGCUACAGGCGAGCCCCCAAGGUCGUGGCUGGGCAAGUGCCUCGAUUUAUCGAAGGCGUACAAGCAGAUGCCAAUGAAGAAGGAGCACCGCUCUCUCGCUGUGAUCUACCACAAGGGCCCUGCAGGCGAGGAUCAAUUCUUCAUUGCAAAUUCGCUGCUCUUCGGACUCACUGCUUCGGUUUACGGGUUCGUGCGCACGAGCAGAAGCCUUCACAAACUGCUGCUUAAGAUUUUCAAGUUGCCCAGCUCAGUGUACUUUGAUGACUUUCCGAUGUUUUCGACAUCGCUUUCUUCCAGUGACACUGACGGCAUCAUCAGCGAAUUCUUGGACAUUCUGGGCUGGGGCCAUGCCAAGACAGGCAGCAAAUCACACCCCUUUGCGGAAGUUUUCUCCGUUUUGGGAAUGCAGGUCGACUUGAGCAACUUGUCGAAGAGAAGCAUCGUCCUAUCGAACAAACCUGGCAGGAUCGAUAGGAUCGUGGAGAAGCUUGAAUCCGUGGCUGCUUCGGGUUUCCUUACGAUUCACCAGGCUCAGAUUCUGCUGGGCUUGCUCAACUUCUCAUCGGGUUUCUUUGCCGGUCGUGCCCUCAAGCAAUCUUGCAAAUGGCUAUCUGGUUUUCUGGCUGGAGACAGGCCUUCGCCAAAGACCGUCAGCGAGAUGUGCAGGCACACGGUCAAGAUUCUUUUGAGCACGCCGCCCCGCUUCAUAAGCUGCGAUUCGACUGGAGAGCCUCCUAUCCUGAUAUGGACUGAUGGAGCUUGGGAGCCUGCCAAGGCCUUCGCCGGGAUCGGUGCAGUAAUUCUUGAUGCGAGCAGCGGCGUAUCUAGAGUUUUCCAAGGUCAGGUUCCAGAGCGCCUCGUGGUUCGCUGGCGUGAGGAGGUCGGGGAGCAAAUCAUCUGCGAGGUAGAGCUUUAUGCUCUCCUGAUGAUCAGGGCCGGCCUUCAGAACUUUCUUUCAGGAAGACGAAUCAUUUUCUUCAUUGACAACGAUGCCGCUAGAUCUGUGGUGCUGCGCGGUCAAAGCAGAAGCGAAGCGAUGCAUCGCUUGGCCAUGGCUUUGUCCAUGGUCGAUGCCGUCGCCCCUUGCAUAUCGUGGAUAGAGAGAGUGCCAUCAUCUUCGAACAUCGCGGAUUGGCCCUCCAGGGGCGAAGGUUGGAAAGCUCAGAAGGUCGUUCGUGCAGUGAAGGUGGAGCCUUACUUCUUCGAUCAAUCUUUGAUUGAUGCUUACCUGCUCUGA